AACCCGCCGGAAAAACUUGUCACACACACCAAGGUGCCGAGGAAAACCCUUUUCUCAGACCUUCUCAUGGGAAAUUUCUCCAGCAUCCCUUGGCAAAGUGGUGGUUUCUACAAGGGCGCCCCAUCAGUAAUUUUCUCAGCGGAGGAAGAGUGCAAGCUCGCUGGAAACUUUCAGUUUACAGUGGUGGGAAGAGGUUCUAAGCAUAUUUCCAUUAGGGAAGCUGAAGACUGCCUUAUUAAAGGUGGUUAUAAGGAGUUCAAACUCCAACUCUUGUCACCCAAGGAGAUUAUUUUCAUCUUCAAGCAUGAGGAAGAUUAUUUACGUUGGUUUCACAGGAGACGCUGGACCAUUAAGGGAAACCUUAUCAACCUCACCAAGUGGACCCCUGAGCACUCCUCCUCAAAAGAUUGUCCAAUUAUUCCACUCUGGGUUGAGGUAAGCAAGCUCCCACUUCAUCUUCACGAUCAUAAUGUUCUAUAUUCUAUUGCUUCCUCCCUGGGGAAACCCUUAGAGCUGGACUCAAACUCGGUCAUUGGAGUUUUCCCUGAUCGUACAAGGUUCUGUGUUGAAAUGGAUGUUUCUAUCUCCAAGGCCCCUAAAAUCCAUGUUCGUUUAGGUGCUAAGGAUCUUUGGCUUCCUUGUUCAUACGAAAACCACACACCAUAUUGCUCAUCUUGUUCUAGAUUUGGACAUGCACCAAAAGAUUGCCGGAUUAAAGGGCCGGAAAACCUCACUGUCGCUGCUCCGUCCAAGGUGGUGGAAGAUAGCCCUUUCCCUGACCUCUCAUACCUAAAAGUGGAUAACUUCAUUGGCUGUAUGGAUAUUGUUCCCUUCGUUCCCCUUUCGCACAACCAUUUUGACGAUGAAAAACCCUUAGUUACUCUCCCAGGUCGCAAGGAUGAUUGUUGGAUUCACCCCAAUAUGGUCUGUGGAUUGGAAGGGCAUGAAAAGGAUGCUCAGGAAGGAGCUGAAACCCCUAUCUACUGUCACUCUGAGGGGGAAGAAGGUGCAAAACCUUUCAUCAAUGAGCCAAAAGGUUCUUUAUUCACAUUGUCAGGAGUUCGAAGUCAGGGCAGGACCUGGCACAAACUUGAUAGAGUCCUACUCAAUCUGGACACCAUGGCUUCUUUUGAGGAUUUGGCCCUCACUCACUUGCCUAGAGCAAACUCUGAUCAUAAACCCUUACUGCUUUUCUGCUUGGACACACCCCCUUAUGGUGCAAAACCAUUCAAAUUUCUUAACGCCUGGACGCAGCAUGAUUCCUUCCUUGCCACUAUCCAAGCUUCUUGGAGCAGCACUCCCACUAUUGGAGGUAUGAGAGGUCUGGUUUUGAAACUGAAAACCCUUAAACUGGCCCUUAAGGAUUGGAACUCGUCCCAUUUUGGCAAUAUCUUCCUUAAACUCAAAGAAGCAGAGGAAAUUGCAUCCAAAGCCCAGGAAACCUAUGAGCUAGACCCUUCUGACCUCAACUGUGAAGGGGCCCAACUUGCAAAUGCUCAACUUGUUCAAGCCGUCAACAGAGAGGUGUCUUAUUGGAAACAAAAAGAAAAUGUAAAAUGGUUGGAGAAGGGAGACACCAAUUCUAAAGUCUUUCAAGCUUUUGUUAGGGGGAAGAGACAAAGGCUGAAUAUCAAUCAUAUCAUUUCUUCUGAGGGCAGAGGUCUUUCUUUUCAAGAUUAUAUCAAACAAGAAUACAUCUCUCACUUUCAAAAGGCUUUUAAAUCCACUCCCUGUGGUAAUAUGGAGCCUAUUCUCUCUACUAUACAUGCAGUCAUCACACAAGAAGACAAUGCAUUCCUAACUUCCAUUCCUUGUAUGGAGGAGGAGUUUUUCCUUGGGCUCCCUAUUACUAAAGGUUAUGGCAGUACCUUUAUCUCUCUUAUCCCCAAGAAGGAAAACCCUAAAACCUUUGAUGAUUUCAGGCCCAUAUCUCUCUCAACGUUCAUGAGUAAAAUUAACACCAAGCUUCUUGCAAAUAGGCUUAAAACGUUGUUGCCAAAAAUAAUCUCUGAAGAGCAGGCAGCUUUUCAAAAAGGAAAAUCUUGUGAUGAUCACAUCCUUCUGGCAAAGGAAGCGAUCCAUCAUCUGGACAAAAAGACUUUUGGGGGGAAUGUCAUCAUCAAGGUUGACAUGGCUAAAGCUUUUGACAGGAUGGAAUGGAGCUACAUUGAACAUAUCCUAAAGGGCUUUGGUUUCUCUGAUGGAGCCAUCAACAUUCUCAUGGCAAACCUUAAAAACACUUUCCUUAGUAUCCUCCUUAAUGGUGCACCAACUGGUUUCUUCAAGAUGGAAAGGGGGGUGAAACAGGGCGACCCCCUUUCACCUCUAUUGUUUAUUAUUGGGGGGGAGGGUUUAUGCAGAAUGAUUAACAAACAUAUGUCUUCACAUUUUAUCAACAGGUUCAAUGUGGGCAGCAUACAGAUGGUGAGUCAACUCAUCUAUGCAGAUGAUCUCAUCAUCUUUUCAAAAGGAGACAUUAGAAAUUUGCUGAAAAUCAAAGCCAUUCUAAGGGAAUACUUCACAGCCUCUGGCCAGGAUAUGAACAACAACAAGAGCAGAUUUUACACCAGUUAACACAUAAACCCUGUCCAGAUUCAUAAAAUGGAGGAGGCUCU